CUCCUGAUGAGAGGUUACUGUGGGAAAGGCCUGCUUCAGUCAGGCUGGGGAGCAGCCUGUAAAAGAGAUAGCUCAUUCCAGAGCAGGAGCAGUAUCAAGGGAUCCAAAUUCAGUGAAGGAUACUCCCAACUUAACAGACAAGUUUUUUUAAGUGGGGACAACAUCUCCCAGGCUCCUGAAGCCUGCUAAUCAGAUGUUUGUAUAUAAAUGAGUAUAAACAAUGACAAGGAAAGAUGCUAUAUGUUGUACCAACACGCAUGGCGAAGGACUAUAAAAGCCCCUGUGUAUUAGAUGUCUUUCAAACCCAGGUAUACUGAGUUUGCAAUUCUCCAGCAAGGUAAGCACCAGCACCAUGGCGGGCAAUUGUUGUCCUGGAAAUCCCACCACCAUUCCAGCUGUGCCCGCCAUCUCCAUAUGCCCAAAUGGUGGCAGCUUCUGGAAUACUAUCUCUUUGCCCAGUUCCUGCCGGAGCAGAACAUGGCAACUGGUCACCUGCCAAGAAAACUGUCAGCCAGUCAGCAAUGCCCCAAGUGGCUGUGCACCUGCUUCUUGCCAACCUACCUGCCUUCCAUCAACUUCUCGUGUGGAUUUUGUCUGCAGACCCAUUUGCUCUCGCACAGCCUGCUAUGAAUCCAGUGCUGGUCAGUCUACUUGUCUGGUUAGCUCAUGCCAGCCUGCCUGCUCGGAAUCCACUGGUUGUCAGGCAAAGUGCUGUGAUGCCAGCCCCUACCAGCAAGGAUCCUGCCAGGAAUCUCUCUGUGAGUCUGGAUCAUGCCAGGAAGCUUGCAGCCAAUCAGCCUGCUGUGACACCACAUCCUGCCAGCCACCCUGCUCUGAGGUAACUUCCUGUCCUGAAACAUCAUGCCCGCCAAUCACGUGUGUGUCCAGUCCAUGCCAACCAUCUUGCUGUCCAGUAGGUUCACGUCAACCCACUAGUUGUGAAAGCCAGCCCUGCAAAUCAACUUAUUACCAACCUAUCUGCUACAUUUUUAAGCCUUGCCAAUCAGUUCCCUGCAUGCCUGUGCCCUGCCGGCCAUCGACAUAUGCGUUCAGUUCUUGUAAUCCUACUUGCUGUGUGCCCAUCUCCUGUCAGCCACUUCACUGCCAACCAGCUUCUUCCAUAUCCUUUAUCUGUCAGCCAGUGGCUAACUGUCAGCCCUCUUGUUCUGUAAACCCUUGUAAAUCAGUUUCCUGUGGCACCAUGCUUUCUGGCCAAGCAAUUUGUGGAGGGCCCACUUCGUGCAACCAAAGUGGCUGCAAAUCCCCUUCUUGCCGACCAGCUUGCUGUGUGACAGGGUUAGGCAAGUCAUCCAGCGGUGGCUCCAGUUGCUUCUGACCAACUUCCCCAAGUUUCUGCAAAGCAAACAACUGCUUGUCGACUUCCUGCCAAACUCAGCCAUGAAUCCAGCUUCCAGAAGGAAACCCUUCUUUGAUGGGACACAAUUCAUACCUCCUUUGAGCAUCUGCUGCUGUCUACAAACGCAUAGCACCCUGUGGGUAUCUGUAUCCUGCCAAGCACAAA